AUGGACGUGUUGGCUAUUCCUGGGGUGCCGAAGUCAUGGAUGACCCAUCCGAAGGAGUACACUGCGUUGACUGAUAUUAUUUCCACUUACUCGUCGGCCUUUGGGAGUUCGGAUGAUCUUGAUAAAGAACACUGCUCUUUCCCAGAUUGGUACUCAGUCUUCUACUCCUCCACAUCAGAUUCUCAUUUGGACUUUCACCUGCUACAUUGCCCUUCCCAAACAAUCCACGCACAACAUCCUCGAAAGUCCACUACAGCCAUGAUGAACCAACAUUGUUUGCCGGAAUGUCCCAUCCUUGUCAUGAAGGACAAAGGCUAUCUGCCCGUCCGAGUGGAAGAUCCUCGCGCGACUGCGUAUUCGCAGAGCGUGUUUCCAUUUACAACACGGCACGACCUCAACAGCACUCUUUUAAGCAACGGAAUAACUUACUGUGAAUCCGACGUUGAGUCGCUUGAGCAAUUUGAUGAGCCUUCCACCGCUCGCGCCAUGGAAACACACGCUGGGCUGGUUCAUCCAACACCACGGAGCAACAUGUUCACGAUGAAUGGCAAUUCCUUCCUGUUAGGCAACGAGGAAACUUCCUCUAUUUCAUCCUUCGAAGUCUCAGAUGUCCCACAGGAUGAGCAAGCCUUUUCCAGCACUCGGCAGUUCAAUGUCCCAAACCUAAACAUCGCCAACUGCCCCAUAAAACCCUACAAUCCUCACCCACAGCAUGCACAUCUCGCACCAUCGAUCACCCCUCCAGAUGCAAAGUCAGUGGACUAUGACCAACACAUCUCAUGGCCUGACUGCCAACCAGCCGGCACUGAUAUCUGGUAUCCUACCCGUGACCCAAACGGCUCAUCCGAGGACAGCGGCUGGCACGCCCACAACAGUUACAGUGCACCUUGGCCCGUCACCAAUGCAUAUACCUGCCCAACCGAAUAUAAUAACCUUACUACUCAUUCCUAUGGAAUAAGCAAUGGACUACCUAUGCCCUCUUUCGGACCUCCACUUGUCCCUUUGGGUUCAUCCACACCCAUGACCCACCAGGCGCCCUUCGCACCCACCGUCGAGGCUCCUCCUCGGUAUGACACCAACACCAAAUUUGGAUCCCCCGACCAGAAACCAGCCAAAAGUCUCAGCCCAUCCUUCUCCGUUUCAACCAACGAGGAGGGACGAUCCUCACAGCAGAGCGGAGAAGACCAAAGCGGCAUGGAAGCUGGCCUGCACCACAACGACGAGCGAAAUACAUUCCUCAUCGACUGCAAGCGUCGUGGGCUGUCAUACAAGGACAUCAAGCGAGUGGGUGGGUUCAAGGAGGCGGAGUCUACACUACGAGGCCGGUAUCGCACCCUCACCAAGUCUAAAGAUCAGCGAGUCCGAAAGCCUAAAUGGCAGGAUAAGGAUAUCCGACUCCUUUGCGAAGCCGUCAGCAUUCACGCCGAAACACACGACGCUUACAACUCGCUCACCAAUAUCAGCAUGAAUAUGAACGAGCCGCCAAAGGUAUCUUGGAAGAAGAUUGCCGAACACAUUUGGGGUAAUGGCGGAUCUUAUCAUUUUGGCAAUGCCACAUGCAAGAAGAAAUGGUGCGAGAUCCACAAUAUCACCAUGUGA